UGUUUCUCAGAUGGUCCCAUUCCCCGAAUCGAUUCAGUAUGAACUCCUUGAAUUUCUGCGGGACGUCCAGCGGUGUUGGUGCUGGUGUGUAUCCCCUCCACGGUGUGAACUCCAUGCUGUUCGACCUGCACCACCAGAUGGCGGAGCAGUACCACGUUUACUCUGCGGCCAGCCCCGCAGCGCACACCCUGUCUGUGGCUGAGAGACUCGCAGAGCUCAUUCUGGAGGCUCGGUAUGGCAACCAGCAGAAGCAGCGCCGCAGCCGCACAGCAUUCACAGUGUCACAGCUACAAGCUCUGGAGAAAGCCUUCCAGCAGACUCAAUACCCAGAUGUUGGCAUGAGAGAGAGGCUGGCUGUCUGCAUCAAUCUGCCCGAGGCUCGCAUUCAGGUGUGGUUCAAGAACAGGAGGGCAAAGUUUCGUAAAGGUCAGAGGUGCUCCCCGCUCUCCAGAGACCACAGUCAUGAGGAGGCACCACAUCGCAGCAUGGUGGGACAGGAGGAAGUCAGGACAGAAGACAAGCAGGACGUCACAUCACAUUGUGACAGAAAUAUCCCUCCUCCACACCGCUGCCUUCCUCCUCCUCCUCCUCCUCCUCCUCCUCAUGUGAACAUAAGCAGGGAGGUCUGCACACCUGUCACUCCCUCAGACUCAGAUGCACCACGGUGCCCCCUCCGCCUUCACUCUCCUCCACUUUUCCCCUUCAUGAUGGGGGAACGCUACAGCCACACGCCUCACCAGCCAGUUGUAGGAGUGCUGUCCGCCGAACUCGCCCUCCCCCCGGUGUUCUGGCCCAUCAUACAGCAGCAUAGCUCCGCCCUGGGGGUUCAUCCAACGUCAGUUAGUAAAAACUGUAGCCUCUCCCUUCAGACUGCUUGUUCCAGUAAAGCUGUGCCUCACCCUCACCUGGGGCUGUAACUGCAGACCUGUACGCCUAAAGCCACAGAUCUCUGCUCCGUCUGGACUCAAAUAUACCUGAAAUGUGGGAAAACAGGAAGAGAAGGACUUGCUCCUAUAAAUGUGACAACAGAAAAAUAUGUUGUUGUUUUUUUUAUUAAGAGAGCUUUAUUGAAUACCUGCCUGUCUGUAGGGAUGUAAAGCUGUACAGUCACGUACUUCCAAGUCUGAUUUGGGUCUGCUUUAAUUUACGCCUACAGGUUGGAGGAGUAUGGUUGAAGGAGGCUGUCGUUUAAUCUGUUGCCACAUUUAAAGAAAUCUUUCUGCAUUAUUUUGCUCGGACCGCUGACAAGU